AGGCGGCGGCGGCGCGCGUGCGCGGCUUGGCCCUGGUCCCCUUCCCCGGAGGCGGAAGAGGAAGAAGCGGCGGCGGUCGGCUGGGAGCACGGCUGUGGAAUGAAGGAUGGCAGCACGCCGGGCAUUAAAAGCUGUUUUGGUGGAUCUCAGUGGCACACUUCACAUUGAAGAUGCAGCUGUGCCGGGCUCACAGGAAGCUCUUAAAAGGUUGCGGAAUGCUUCAGUUGUCGUUAGGUUUGUGACAAACACAACCAAAGAGAGUAAACGAGACCUGCUGGAGAGGCUGAAGAAACUAGACUUUGACAUCACCGAAGAUGAGAUCUUCACAUCUUUGACUGCAGCUAGGAACUUGGUGGAGCAGAAGCAGGUCAGACCUAUGCUGCUGGUAGAUGACCGAGCACUUCCUGAUUUCCAAGGCAUACCAGUAAAUGAUCCCAAUGCCGUGGUCAUCGGAUUGGCACCAGAUCAUUUUAAUUAUCAAGUUCUGAAUCAGGCAUUCAGGUUGCUGCUGGAUGGCGCUCCCCUUAUAGCGAUACACAAAGCCAGGUAUUACAAGAGAAAAGACGGCUUAGCCCUGGGGCCCGGACCUUUCGUCGUGGGAUUGGAGUACGCUACGGACACCAAGGCCACCGUGGUAGGGAAGCCAGAGGGAACUUUCUUCUUGGAAGCUUUGCGGGGCGUCGGCUGUGUGCCGGAGGAGGCCGUUAUGAUCGGAGACGACUGCAGGGAUGACGUCGGAGGCGCCCAGAACGUCGGCAUGCUUGGAAUCUUAGUGAAGACCGGAAAAUACCGAGCAGCAGAUGAAGAUAAAAUUAAUCCACCACCCUAUUUAACCUGUGAGAGUUUCCCUCAAGCUGUGGACCACAUCUUGCAGAAUCUAGUAUGAGGGAUAAUGGGAAUCUGCACAAACUUGAAAUUGAAUUGUGAUGUUUCAGGAAUAAGCUGUCAAAAUUGAACGCCCAGAAAAAAAAAAAACCACACCCAGACACAUAUGUGAUCACAUUUAACCAACCUUUAUUGGCUUCUAUUUAGAGCAAAAAUAUUGAAAUGCAUCCAGUCACCAGGUCCAACUAAUUCUUCGUGUUUUUUAUGCUAAAGAAGGUGUAGUCUAAAAUAAGGAAAAGCUGAGAUUUUGGGGGUAGUUCUCAUAAAAUAUUCAUCAGGUCAGACAGCAGCAGAAGAGUUAAUCCACCACAGGGUGAAAGUUUGGCGAUGUAUUUCACUGCUGCUUUGGGCCAGGGUGGGGGUAAAGGGAAGGCGCUGGGAUUGUGACUGAAAUAGAAGGUUUUUUUUAAUUAUGAAAGAACACACUGAAAGGUGUAUCGAGGAGUAGCUUUUAAUAUUGAGUACAACUGUAGAAUCUAUCAAAUGUGCCAAACAAAGCAAUCUAGAAGGGAAACUGAAUUAAUUUUUAGACCAAGCGAUCAAGGAAAUUUGCUUUAAUGGAUGCUGAAAACUAGAUUAUCUACUGUAUUAUUCCCAACACGAGUGACUUCUUUUUCUCUUCAUUAGCCAGAGAUGACUAAUUUAAAUUUAGAACCUGAUUUUAAUUUAAAAUAAUAUUACCAUUAAUAACCUAUUCAUUGUAGAUACCUAUUAUACUGGGUAACAGUUGUUUUGGAAAUUUUAUGUAAAAUUAAAACUAUCAGUAUUUUACAGAUGUUUUAAUUAGACAUUGUUAUUAACAGGAACAGUGCAGAAACUAAAAUCAAGCCCUUAAUGUCUUAUAGACCAUACAUUUUUGAAGUUAGUGUCCACCGGGGUCCUAUUAGCUGUACAUUUGCAAGAUUUCAUUAUUUUUCCCUCUCACACUAUGGGAAAAAUCUUUUAGAAGCUAUUGGGACAAAUUCAAGCUUUUAUGUACUCGGUUAGUACAGCUGUAAAGAGGAAUUCUCAUUGUUUAGCACGGAUCAUUCUUCCUCCGCACGUUCAAUCCGCCAAAAUGAAAAGGGGACUGACUCGGUAAUGAUUUUCCGAGCACAUUUGCAUACAGUGAUAAUCCAAGUCCUUGGCAGUUGUUUUACAGGGCUCUUGGGCAUUAAAUUAUUAGAAUAUAAUCGUAGCAUUCACCUUAUGGAAAGUCUAGUUGGUGUUAAUGAGCUACAAGUUUGGAUACUUGUUCAGAGAACCAUCCUGGUCUUGGAGAAAGACACAGCUUUAUGAAAUGAGUUUAUCACAGUAUCGAGGUCCGGUGAAUCUGCAAGGGAAAGAGGGCUCCUUGAUUGUCCCAAGCUUCUGAGCGUGGAAUCACAUCACGGUUGCCUUUGCAUUCAGGGCAGAAAGAGAUAUAACUGCACCAUCCCCUUCCUUCACCUCCCACCUUUCACUCUCGAGCAGAUCAAAUCACUCCAACCCACAUUCCGAAGUACAGAGAGAAGGGCCACCAAAAGUCUCUCUCAACCCUGAGGAUGUUUAAAAGGUUCUUAGGACACUGGACAGGGAUGCCCAUGUGGGACUCCUGGAGUGGGUUUGGAAAAGAGGGUUGGUUAGCUUAGGACCUAUUUUUGGUCAACAGUCCUGGACAAGUCCAUGGCCGGAAAAGGAUGAGGCAGAGAGGAACUUCAUUUACUCAUAGGGUCAACCGGCCAACUGAAUGGGGGACGAGAACCUCUCCAAAGGAACUGCUCUGUUAGUCUCUGGUCUCAGGAGGAGCAUGGUUCUUAAAGUCUGCUCUGUUGGUAAACAAAAACUCUGUCCAGGCCUUUCUUUAACAAAUCAUAGAUGUAAAGGGAUUUGGGGGAAGAGGCCAAAAGCCUUUGUGGGGUUUUUUGUUUUUCUUCAAAAAAGAAGGAAGUAUCAGCUUGUUUGCCACCUUGAAGUGGGGCGGGGAGGUGGGGGUGGGAGGGGAGAAGGGUCCAGGUACUUCCGCAUUAUGCGUAUUAGGAUUGGACACUGCUCAAGAUUCCUUCCUAUAAAGGGAGGGACGUGGAUCGAAACGAGAUUCUGGCUGGAGGUGAGCAGAUUGGAAGGGUGACACCGAAGCCAUUCCAAUAGGUGGCUGUCAGUGGGGUGGGGUGGGGGUGCAGCUUUUCCCCCAUAUCCAGUUGGGACAUUUGACUGCAGUCAGAGGGACUUAAGUGAGCUAAUAGGAAGACUUUCCAAGGGGAUUGUGAGCCCUCUGAAUAUAUGGCUACAGAAGACUAAAACCUCCUUUGCCGGAGACUUCAGAGGAGAGAUAUUAUCGGGUAUUUGAAUGUGAUGAUUUAGGUGUAAACCUGCUAGGAGCUGGCAGUGGGGCUAGGGGCCCAUCGGAGGUCCCUUCCAGCCCGGAGAUUCUACGAUGGGUAUUUUAACAUUGCGGCUGGUUCCCAAAUGGAUGCUAGGAAUCUAAAAUUUAUUAGGGUAAUUUAAUUGUAAACUCUAGACUGUCAGCUCAUUAUGGGCAGGAAAUGUGUCUACCAACUGUUAUAUUGUUACAUAGUGCUCUGCACACAAUAAUACAAUUGACUGUGCAUCUAAAUAGCCCUACAGGGUUGGAGGGAGGAAUCAUGGCUGGGUCGAUUUACAUAUCGAUUCUGUCGACUUCGUAUCAGUUUGUAGGCUUAAAUCAAUGUACCACCUCUGUACCUACCUCUUUUUUCCUUAAUUUGGUUGCUCGUGUGCUUAAGUUAUCUACUGUAAUUUAAAUAAAAGCAAAUAGUUAAGGACCUAA